ACAUUGUUCAAUUUAUUAUUAUUUUCAUAAACUUCCAAAUUUAUAACGACUUCUUAAAACGGACAAAAAACGAUGCAAUUUUACAAGGCCGUCUAAAUACAAGGCAGAGUAAUGAUUUAUCUUCAUAUUUCAUUAUAACAUAAUAAAAGAACAAGUUACAAAAAGAAGGGAAGAAAAAAGUAACAGACAGCUAACAAAAUGACAGAGGAAACAAACUGUUUACGACCAGCAACUGCAGCACCAGUGCCUGGUGGUGGUGGGGAAUAUGUGUGGACACAUAGGGAGCCCCUAAUGCAUUUACAAAAGUAUACACCCUUCUUCCGUCUAAUUGAUUUUGUGGAGAAAACACGUACCAAACGUUUUUAUGAACCAGCUGAACGUUUCGAAAUUCUAAUGUCUGCCUGCAUACUCAGACAUCCAGCACCGUUCUGUCAGAAUCGACGUUUCCCAGAAGACUAUUGGGCUAAUUUAUCUAUUGGUCCGGUGGCUGAAGCAUUUGAUCGUUUAAUUGCUGCUCUCGAUAUACCCAGUCCUCAAUUGCUAUCUCAAAUGAAUGCACAAGAUUGGGAUACUUGGAAGAAGAAAUUUGAUUUAGCCAUGGCCGAUAUACGUAGACUAUCCUAUUGUACGGAUUUGGAUAAAUUAGCUGAUAUUGGCAUUUACAAUCGUCACACAUUUGAACAACGUUUUAAUAUGCAGUGGCAUGAAUAGAACUUAGUACACACGCACACUGCAAUGCAACAGAGAAUAUGAAUGAGUAGCGCAAAAAAGGAGGUAAUAUGAGCAUGUGUUUGUUGUUAUUAUUGUUGCUGUGCCCCGAUGUGGGUCAAGUUUAAAUAGGAUGAUGACGACGUUGUAGCAAAAAAAAAAAAAAAAAAAAAA